CGAAUAUCAGCAGCGGCGGCGGCGGAGGCGAACGUGUGUAUUACAGAAUCACGUUAGCGGCUUCCUUAAUCCAUUGUUAGCUUCUUCUUCCUCUCUGUUCCCCUCAACAUUUUCCUUUAUAUAUAUCAGUCUAUAAUACUAAUAACCCGUGUUAGUUAUUGAAAUUAUUUCCCCAACUAAACCCCUACCUUCAUAAGAAAAAAAAAAAGGGAGCAAUGCGGGAUCUACACAUCUCCAAAAUGAAGGAUCUCUCUUUAGGAAACUCCACUGAAGAUCCUAAUGUUAUAAUUGAAACUGUUGAAGACAAUGCUGACAAUGAGAACAAAGGAACGCAGUCUCUUAAACCAACUCUUACAACCAAAAACCCGGUUAUGUAUCUAAAUGAAUUGUUGCCCGAACCUUUGGUUUAUGAACUGAUGUCAGAAUCUGGUCCUCCUCAUGAUAGGAAUUUUGUCAUGUCGGUAAAGGCUAAUGACCAAACGGUGCAGGGGGCUGGUCGCAGCAAGAAACUUGCCAAGGCAGCGGCUGCCCAGGUAGCUUUGUUUAAGCUUUUCAACAUCGUCUACAUCUCAGAACCAGACGGUGAACAAGAUGUGAAAUCUGAAGAGGGUGAGAAUAAAGACGGCAAAGGAGAAAUGUCAGCCCAGAAGCGCUCGUUUCCUUGGAAUGGUGAAAAUGGUCGUCCAUCAAACAAAAAAAAGAAAGCUCAUGGUCCUACCCUUCCCAAGAAUGCAUUAAUGCAACUCAAUGAAAUUAAACCGGGUUUGGAAUUUCAAUUAAUGGGUCAAACUGGACCCGUUCAUGCUCCGACAUUUAACAUGAAAGUGGAGGUGAAUGGCGAAAUCUUUGAAGGAGCCGGUCCAACCAAAAAGAAAGCCAAACUUCAGGCUGCUGAGAAAGCUCUGAGAUCUUUUGUUCAGUUCCGUAAUGCAUCCGAAGCUUACCAGGCGAUGGGCAAAAAAGUGAAUUCGUUAGAUUUUACAUCAGAUACGGCAGAUAUCGGUACUUUUAUCAAUGAUUUUGAAGACAAAAUUGAAGGGGAGAAUAACGAAGUAGCACAAGGGGUUUCCAAAGCCAAUGGCUCGCAUACAAACCAGAAAGCUACAUUAACACCCCAGCCUGCAGGUAAAAACCCUGUGAUGAUUUUGAACGAGUUAAGGCCAGGCUCAAAGUAUGAAUUUGUUUCUGAAUCAGGUGAGAGCCAUACGAAAACAUUUGUGAUGCAGAUUACAGUGGAUGGCAUUGAUUUUGAAGGUACUGGCCGCAAUAAGAAGCAAGCAAAAGCAAGGGCUGCCCAGGCUGCCCUUGCACAGGUUUUCAAUAUGCAACUUUUCCCACCUGGACUGCAACCAGUCCCAAAGGAUGGUGCUGAAGAAAGUUCGAAAGUGUUAGCUGAUAUUAUUGCCAAAGUUGUUCACGAAAAAUUUGCUGACCUGACUGAUAAUUAUUCCAGUCAGUAUUCUCGCAGAAAAGUUCUUGCUGGUAUCGUGAUGACAACUGGGUCAGAUGGUCAAGGGGCUUCUGUUAUUGGAAUUGGAACUGGUACCAAAUGUAUUAAUGGAGAGCAUAUGAGUGACAGAGGGUUUGGUGUGAAUGAUUGCCAUGCCGAGAUCAUAGCCCGCCGCUGUUUCCUUCGCUACAUCUACGACCAGCUGGAGUUACAUCUUUCUGACAACCCAGAUGUACGUAAUUCUUCGAUAUUUGAACUGCGAGAGAAAGGAGGUUAUCAACUUAAAGAAAACAUCCAGUUCCAUCUAUAUAUAAGCACUGCUCCUUGCGGCGAUGCCCGCAUCUUCUCUCCACAUGGCCAGGAUGUUGAAACAGGUGACAGACAUCCAAAUCGCAAAGCUCGAGGUCAAUUGAGAACCAAGAUCGAGUCUGGAGAAGGAACAAUUCCUGUCCGAACGUCUGGUGUUAUCCAAACAUGGGAUGGUGUUUUGGAGGGUGAGCGUUUACUUACAAUGUCUUGCAGUGACAAGAUAGCAAGAUGGAAUGUCCUUGGAAUUCAAGGGUCGUUGCUGAGCCAUUUUAUGAACCCCAUAUACCUCGAGAGUAUUAUUCUGGGUAGCUUAUACCACAGUGAUCAUUUAUCACGAGCCAUGUAUUCCCGUAUCUCUAUAAUAGAGAAUCUUCCGGAACCUUUCCAUUUAAACCGCCCUUUCCUCAGUGGUAUCAGUAGUCCCGAGAGCCGGCAGCCUGGGAAAGCACCAAACUUUGGCAUCAAUUGGCGGAAAGAGGACGACACGUUUGAAGUGAUUAAUGCUAUGACAGGUCGAGUUGAAGGUGGUAGUGUGUCGAGAAUCUGCAAGCAAGCUUUAUUCGGUCGCUUUAUGAGUUUAUAUGGUAAGCUGUCUUCAUUGACUGGUCAGUCUGUGACCACUCGUCCAACCCAUUACUCUGACGCCAAAGCUGCUGUAAUGGAGUACCAGUUGGCCAAGCAAUGUGUAUUUCAAGCAUUCCAGAAGGCUGGUCUUGGCAAUUGGGUCCAGAAGCCAAUAGAACAAGAUCAAUUUGAAAUGUCCACUGAGGCGCCAGACAUUCAAGUAAAGUCUUCAGGUGACGACUCUGCAUAAACUGCAUUCUUCAUUUUUGCUGAAUCGGCUUUAUUUCCAAAGUACGAAUAAUCUCUCACUUAUAUUAAAGUAUCUUCAAAAUGGGAACAACUCGACUUCUUUAUUAUUUUUAAACCAUUUUUAAUUCCAUUUUUAUUGUUUGUUAAUCUUGUGUUGUAGCUUUUUCCUCCUUGCUCCUACUUUAUCAGAUACGUUUUGGACAUUUUCAAUAUCUUUGUAUCUAUUCCUUGGAGUAGCUGCAUAGGGUCUCCCUCUGCAGAUAUAAUACAGUGUCUUUGGGCAGGACACUUUAUUUCUUUAAGGCUUCAUGCCUAUCUAAGAACUUCUUCUUAUUCUUCUUCUUCUUCUUCUUAUAAUGGCAGGCAUAUAGUUAUGGCAGUCAGUUAAAGAAAUCUGCUGUUUUCAAACACCUUCAUUCAUUGCACAGAAAUCUUCUUUGGAAAACUUAUGAAUGUCACAUUUCCUUCUUGACUUCAAAACCGAAUCAAGAAAAUAGAUUUUCAAAUCGAAAAUAAAUAUUUCUUUUCCUUUGUUGAUUUUCUGUUUAAAACAAAAAAAAAAAAAGAAGCAAAACAACCCCCAUCCCCAACAAACUUUGAAACCUAAAUGGGCUCUCGACCACCUCACCU